CCUUGUCCUCUUCCUCCACACCCCCCUCCUGGCCGCCUACUUGUCGCUCGCGUCCCUCUCUCUCGCUCUCGCUCUCGCUCGCCCCUCUUUAUCCCGCGGCCGGGCGUUUGCGGGCUAGACCGGUGGUUCGCCCGUCGCUCCACCGAGUAGUAGUUGCCCUUCUUCUUCUUCUUCUUGCUGCAGCGACGAUCGGGCUCGAGGCUCUUCCUCUGCUCUGAGGUAGGGAGAGAGAGAUUGUGAGGGGAAGGUGAUCGCGGAACAGUCAUCGGAGAGGACUUUGAUCUUGUGCACGAGCUUUGAUUGGCUCAAAGAAAUUUGAUCUCAAAUAAGCUCAAGGCCAUGGGUUGGUUAAAUAAAAUUUUCAAAGGUUCAGUGAACAGAGUUUCAAGGGGUAAUUAUGAUGGCAAUUGGCAUGAUGGCAAUUCAUCGGAAAAUAUCAGAGGUGCAUAUGAUGAGAGUGACAAUGAAGAUAUAGAUCGUGCUAUUGCAUUAUCCUUAGCAGAGGAAGAUCCUAAUAAGGGAAAGGCUAUUAUUGACCCUGAUUAUAGUUUGGAGGAAGAUGAACAACUUGCACGAGCUCUACAUGAGAGCCUUAAUACUGGGUCUCCUCCUCAUCAAAAUGUUCCUGUUGUGGAUGUACCAUCCGAGAGAGUCCCAACAAGGGAGCCACCUCCGCCUGUCUUCCUCUCAAGUGGAUUCAGGGCUUGUGCUGGAUGCAAUAAUCCAAUUGGUAAUGGGCGUUUUCUUAGUUGUAUGGAUUCAGUUUGGCACCCUCAGUGCUUCCGAUGUUUUGCUUGCAAUAAGCCCAUAUCUGAGUAUGAGUUCGCCAUGCAUGAAAAUCAGCCAUACCACAAAUCCUGCUAUAAAGAUUUUUUUCAUCCAAAAUGCGAUGUCUGCAAGGACUUUAUUCCGACAAAUAAAGAUGGCUUGAUUGAAUACCGAGCACAUCCUUUCUGGAUGCAAAAGUACUGUCCAUCCCAUGAGGAUGAUGGCACUCCUAGGUGUUGCAGUUGUGAAAGAAUGGAGCCAACAGACAUCAAAUAUAUAAGAUUAGAUGAUGGGAGGAAACUCUGCCUGGAAUGUCUCACUUCUGCAACAAUGGACUCUCCAGAAUGCCAGCACCUUUACAUGGAUAUUCAGGAAUUUUUUGAAGGUUUGAAUAUGAAAGUAGAGCAACAAGUUCCGUUACUUUUGGUUGAGCGGCAGGCUCUGAAUGAAGCACUGGAAGCUGAGAAAAGCGGACAUCACCUUCCUGAAACAAGAGGUCUUUGUCUUUCUGAAGAACAGAUUGUCAGAACGAUCUUAAGAAGACCAACAAUUGGACCAGGAAACAGAAUCAUAGAUAUGAUUACAGGACCAUACAAGCUGGUCCGACGGUGUGAAGUGACUGCGAUUUUAAUAUUGUAUGGGCUACCAAGGUUGCAAACUGGCUCCAUUCUUGCUCAUGAGAUGAUGCACGCGUAUCUUCGCCUUAAAGGAUACCGAUCCCUUAGUCCUCAGGUUGAAGAAGGCAUCUGUCAAGUCCUAUCCCACAUGUGGCUCGAGUCUGAAAUCAUCGCCGGUGCUAGCGGCAACACCGCAUCCACCUCAGUACCAUCAUCGUCCUCAGCUCCUACCUCUUCAAAGAAGGGCGCAAAGACGGAAUUCGAGAAGAGGCUUGGAGCAUUCAUCAAGAACCAGAUUGAAACAGAUUCUUCAGUGGAGUAUGGAGAUGGUUUUCGGGCAGGCAAUCGGGCGGUUGAACGCUAUGGCUUGAGAAGUACCCUCGAUCACAUGAAGAUCACAGGGUCUUUUCCUUAUUGAUCAUCGAAGUAGAGAAGAAGAAAAAAGGUCUCCCUUGAUUUGUAAAGAUGGGCUGCAUAUCUGGAGAUUAUUGGUUCAAUUAGAUACAUACAUGUAGCACAGGGUAAGAUAGGUUUACAGUAAAUUGAGAAGAGAAUUUGGUUUCAAUAAAUUGAAAAAUAGAAAGAACCAUACAUUGGCAAUAAACAAAGAAUUCUUUGUUUUCUGUAAGUCUUCAGAUGCAGAGGUCUUAUACUCCACCCGUCACAUAUUAAGUGACUUUGUAUUACAUGUAUCUAGACGUAUUUUAGUAUAUAGAUACAUUCAUAUUUAGACAAAUUUGAGUCACUUAAUAUUAGACGGAGGGAGUAGUUAUUUUCCUCA